CACUGGCUUUUUUUUGCAUCCUACGGGACCGCCAGUUAUAAUUUUAAGGUUAGUUCUCCACCCGAAGUCGCUUCUUCCACUUUCUCCAAUCUUCGGUACCGGCAACAUGGUCGAUGCUUUCGUUGGAACCUGGAAGCUCAUUGAAAGCGAGAAUUUCGAUGCAUAUAUGAAAGCUUUGGGUGUGAGUUUCGCUACUAGACAAGUCGGGAAUGUGACCAAACCGACUAUUGUCAUCAGCAAAGAGGACGAUACUGUGGCGUUGAAGACGCUGAGCACCUUUAAAAACACCGAAAUUACCUUCAAACUAGGAGAAGAGUUCGACGAAACUACAGCGGAUGACCGGGUCUGCAAAACAACGAUAACUUUGGAAGGUGAUAAACUUGUUCACGUCCAGAAAUGGGAUGGAAAGGAAACUAGUUUUACCAGGGAACUCAAGGAUGGCAAAAUGGUCAUGAAUCUAACAUUUGACGAUAUUGUUGCUGUUCGUACCUACGAAAAGGCAUAACGUUCCACGCGAAGGGCUGUCAGAGCAAUCGGGCAAUACUCAUGACAGUAUUUAAAAUCUGGAGCGGUUCUUCCUCUGACUGUACUGCGACUUGCCUGGAUUUCCAGUGAAGAGCCAAUCUGAGAACCUCUUUUGUAACAAGAUACGAAAUACUGUUUUUAUGUUGUAAAAAAAAAUUAACAGUCUAGCAUUUUUAAUACCUGUACAUCACUUAUCCACGUUUUUAUUUUUUAUAAAAUGGAAUUUGGUCAUAGAAGGCAUGUUUUAGUCGGAAUGAAGAAGUUGAAGCGGUCAAUAAACAUGUUGCUCUUGAA